AUUGACCCCGUAGGUCUUACAAUUCACCAUUCAUUUCUAUCAUAAAACCCUAAACCCUUGCAGAGGGGAAUUGGUCCUAAUAAAAUCCAGAGAAAUACAAUCAGUUCAUCGUUACUUUGUUGUUAAAAUGGCAUUAUUUCGUCGCAUUUUCAGUGGAUCUUCAACGAUUCUUCAAUCACAGUUUUCUUCAAUUCGUUUGAAUUCAACACUCACAAGUCCAAAGCUUUUUGUCAGCGGGCUUUCAAGAUACACUAGUGAUGAAAACCUUAAAAAGGCAUUUGAAAAUUUUGGAAAUCUUACUGAAGCAAAAGUAAUUACUGAUAGAGCAACUGGGAGAUCAAAGGGAUUCGGAUUUGUUGCUUAUGAAACAAUAGAAGAAGCAGAAAAGGCUCGCGAAGGAAUGAAUGCCAAGUUCUUGGAUGGCUGGGUAAUUUUCGUUGACCCUGCGAAGCCAAAUAUGCCUAGACCUCCACCGCCACCUCCACAAGAUCCACUGAAUUUUGGGAUUACAACAAAUAAGACCGUUGGUUGGACUGGUCGAUGAUGAUCAGAGACUGGUGCAUCUUAAUGAAAUAUUCGAUUGCAAUAUCACAUAUAUUGGCCAAUGACUCGACUGAAAUAUUUGAUAGCAAUAUAACAUUUUUGUUGAAGGAUAUUGUACUGUACUAAGAACAUGUUGUUCGAGGUGGAACCCUUUCUCUGCCAAAUAUUUAAGGAUUCUGGAUCCUCUGACUAACUAUUUAGGAGGAUUGUUUUGAGUUAUAGUAAACACUUUUAAGUAUUCAAGAACCCAAUAGUUUUGUUGUCAAACAUAAGGCCACAAUUGUUGAGGGUCUAUCGGAACAAACUUUUCUAUCUAUACCUCAGUUCUUA